UUUCUUAUCGUGUAGCUGCCAGCGCUUGUCCAUCAAAGUCGGGUAGCGUCUGGGAAUUAGUGCUUGUUCGUUUUCAGUUUGUUUAACUAAUAAUAUUUAAAUAGUUUUAAAGUAAUAAAGUUGAAUCAAGUGACACUUUUAGUGGAAUAUUGCGUUUAUAAAACAGACUCACGACCAUGGCCUCAAAACGUAAAUCUGAACCGGUCAAAACGCUCCCGAAGCGCAACAAGAAAAAAGUAGACGAUGACUUUGAUUCGGACUUGAGUGACGAUUAUAAGAACGACGAUCUCCCAGUAUCGGAAGUAAUCAUUCCGUCGGAAGAUCCCAUCAACCAGGAAAAAUUGCCGGAGGAGCUGUUGAAGACUUACGACAAGGAACCUGGAAAGUUAUUGAUGGCCGGAAUGGUUACCUGGGAAAUGACCGGCCGCAAAGCCCCUCCUAAGGGCGUGAAAGUUCGCCCAUCGCUCAACUCGUUCCAUCGUUUUACGUCUGAUACGUACCGCUUAGCAGUAAGUGGAUGUAGUUCGGCACAUUCUAUACUUAUUACCAUGGACAGGAGAGCUCUAGCAUUUGGACGCAACCAGUUUGGUCAACUGGGCCAAUCAGAGUUGAAGACAUUCGAGAAGCCAACACCUGUUACUGGGUUGGAAGAUGUAAAUGUCAUUCAAGUAGCAUGUGGAAGGAAUCAUACCUUAUUUUUGAGUGACACCGGUGUCGUUUAUGCAUGCGGCGACAAUAAAAGCGGCCAAUGUGGCGUCGGCAAUACCCAGCCAACUAUACUGAAAGCUACUCGACUCAACUAUUCCGGGCCACCGAUCAUCAAGGUUGCUUGCGGCGCUGAGUUUUCGAUGAUACUGGACAUCAAAGGUAACGUGUACUCUUUCGGACUGCCAGAAUACGGCCAGCUGGGACACAAUACGGAAGGAAAGUACUUUGUUACAUCCACUAAAAUGUCAUUUCACUUCGAGACGUCCCCGAAGAAGAUUGUGUUGUAUGUUGAAAAGAGUAAGGAGGGCCAUGUCAGUCCGAUAGAUGACGUCAAAAUUGUAGACUUUAGCUGCGGCAAUAAUCAUACGGUCGCAAUUGAUUCUAAGAAUAGAGCUUUCAGCUGGGGCUUUGGAGGAAUUGGUCGCCUCGGACAUGCUGAACAAAAAGACGAAAUGGUUCCAAGGCUGAUCAAAUUCUUCGAUAUACAAAACAGGAAAGUCUUGCGUGUAUUUUGCGGAUCAUCAUUCAGUCUUGCUAUCUCUGAUAUUGGAGCCUUGUAUUUGUUUGGACAAAAUAAGAAAACCGGAGAAGCAAAUAUGUAUCCUAAACCGGUACAGGACUUGGCAGGAUGGAAUAUAACUAGUAUUGGUGUUGCAAAUACAUCGAUUGUUAUUGCAGCUGACGAUUCUCUUAUCUCAUGGGGAGGAUCUCCAACUUAUGGUGAAUUGGGCCUUGGUGAUUUGAUUAAAUCAUCAUCGACGCCGAAACAAGUGUCCCGUUGCGAGGGUAUGAAAAUACCGCAAGUGUCAAUGGGAUACUCGCACACCAUGCUGCUGGUAAACGUGGAUCACGAGUUCACCAAACAAAAAUAUGAUACAUUCCAAGAGUUCACCAUAGAAUAAUAAGUUUAAUUUUAUUUUAUGUAUUCAUCAUCAUAUUUUAACAAAAAAAAAUCAUUUUCAACCAUAGUAUUUCGAGAACAAAGAGGACGUGUACUUUUUCUCAUCUCUGAUAUGUCAUGAUUUACGUAUAUUAUGUUCUAAAAUGCAGACUGGCUUAUAUUAGUCCCUAAAAAGAUACAA